AUGGCCGAAAAGACUUCAUUCCGGAUUGCAUCUAUUCCCGGUGACGGAAUUGGCUUGGAGGUGGUGAAAGCGACCAUUGAAGUAGUCAGCAAACUCGCGCAAGCCCUCGGUACCUUUAAUAUCGAAUUUGAGCACAUCCCGUGGGGAACAGACUACUACAAGCAACACGGUCGAUAUGUGUCCGAAGAUGCCUUAGACAUCCUGCGGAAAUUUGACGCAGGGUUGUUCGGCUCAGUGGGACAUCCAGAUGUCCCUGAUCAUGUCUCCCUUUGGGGCCUCCUCUUAGCCAUCCGCGGACCCUUACAACUCUAUGCCAACGUACGUCCCGUACGCACGUUUCCGGGUACCAAGUCCCCUCUGAACACUGCAGCCGAGGGAAUCGAUUGGAUGCUUGUGCGAGAGAACUCAGAAGGUGAAUACUGUGGGCAAGGCGGAAUCAGUCAUAUCGAUCAGCCAUGGGAAACUGCGACAGAGGUGGCGAUCUUCACUCGAGUCGGCAUCGAGAGGAUCAUGCGUUUUGCCUUCAAGACUGCACGCUCGAGGCCACGCCGUCAUCUCACGGUGGUGACCAAGAGCAACGCCAUGCGAUAUGGCAUGGUCCUCUGGGACAAGAUCGCAGAGGAAGUGUCCAAAGAUUUCCCCGACGUGACUUGGGACAAGAUGUUGGUGGAUGCCAUGACUAUCCGUAUGGUGAACAAGCCGGAGUCACUGGACACUAUCGUGGGCACCAAUUUGCACAUGGACAUUCUGUCUGACCUCGCUGCUGGCUUAGCAGGGUCAAUUGGUGUGGCUCCCUCGGCAAACCUCGACCCUACUCGGAAGAAUCCUUCCAUCUUUGAGCCGGUACAUGGCAGUGCCUUCGAUAUCAUGGGCAAGGGCAUCGCCAAUCCGGUGGCUACUUUCUGGUCUGCUGCCGAGAUGCUGCAAUGGCUGGGCGAAAAGGAAGCGGCGAAGAAGUUGAUAGAAUGCGUUGAGAAGGUGUGCAGAGCUGGUGUCUUGACUGCUGAUCUUGGAGGCACGGCCACCACUCAAGACGUGGUCGAUGCAGACGGGCAUCAUGCUCCUGUCAAGAUGCAGUUCCCAGUACCCGCGUCUGGCCCGACGGAAAUCGGGUCCUUGACUGCACACUCGCUGGAAGAAAGUGAGUUUGUCGGCAGCUCCAGCGGCGUUUACUUCAUCAAGACAGUCCGACGGGCUUUUUCCCACAGUCUGGGCCCAUUGGAUGCUUCGUCUUCUAGCCAGGGGUUCCCUCCUCCGGAAGAUACUCUAGUAGGCAGUGGGGGCUUACCAUCUGCCCGAAGAUCAACGUCAUUGCCUGCCGCAACAUCUCCAACCGUUCAAGGGCAUGGCCAUGCCUCGCGACAAUGGCGAUAUGACCCCACGGUGGCAGCAAUCCUGGGGAAGUUCCCACCGCUGGAAAUAGCCCGGGAGCUGAUGAUGAUGUACUUCAAAGUCUGGCAUCCACUGUUUCCGUUCUUGCACGGUCCGUCGUUCUUGAACGCCAUGGAAGCGUUAUGCUCCGAACGACAUCAGUCGGCCACCGAGGCUUUGCCUUUGGAGGAGCAUCGAAGUGCUUGCUGGACGACCAUCUUCCAAUGUGUCUUCAAUCUAGCCAGUGUACUUUGUCCAGAGAUCGAUUUCCCUCGUGAAUCGCGCAUCGAGUCAUCUAACAACAUGCACGCUUUACUUGGGACUCUAUCCUGCAGGCAUGAUAUCCUCUCUGUGCAGGCGCUGCUCGCCUCGCAACUAUAUCUCGUAGCUAAGAUGUCACUUCGGACAGCCUCCACCGUCGGUGGCUGUAUGCUUCGAUCUAUACUGCAUGCGGGCCUACAUCGUUGUCCAUAUCGCUACAAGGAACUUACCUCUCAUGAUCGGCAGCUACGCAAGCGGAUUUUCUGGUCUGCAUACGCCAUCGAUCGAUACUUGAGCCAAACGCUUGGUCUGCCUCUUGGAAUCCAAGACUCCGAUAUUGACGUUUGCCCGCCUUUGGCUUCCGAGAUCCACAUCCCAGGUUCUUAUGAGAGGAUCAAUGCCAUCAGACGUGCCGUUACCCCCAGCACUGCAGGAUCCUCGCCCAUCUCUACAGAAGACCGAUUGCGCAGGCUCGAGAGGUCAGCGUAUGGCCAACAGCCACUGUCCGCAACACCGAGACAUCCCGCCGAAGACAACGAACAGCACCGGCGUGAGCUCGUGUUCGCAAGUUACGUCGAGUCCGGGAAACUAACAGGGCGAGCGAUCGAGCUGUUCCACAAGUCCAUCCUUGUCCGCUCCGUCCCUCACAGCUCGGUGCUCUUCCUCGUCACCGACGUCCACAAGUGGUGGAAUAGUCUAUCGAUCGAGUCUCUCCAGCAAGGAGGGGCCCAUCAACCUGCCGCAAUACCACCAACAGCCUCCCCCGAGGACCCCAACCCAGCAGCAACAGUCACGACAAACCCCAACGCCCCGUUCAACUUCGCCCCCUUCUUCACCGUCCUCUACCAACACCUCAUCCUCCUCAUCAACCGUCCCUCCCUCUCCCUCAAUCCGUCCAGCCCGGAAUUCUGCUCCGGCCUCCAAACCUGCAUCGGCGCCGCCCGCGAGAUCCUCGCAGCCUUGACCACCCAGCAAGAAAGCGGACAGGCGUUUUUCUGGCCCGGGUUCCUAUCGGCGGCAUGGAUGUCCGGUCUCGUGCUCGCAUUUGCAUGUCAACUCCGCCAAUACGUGUUGUCCAAAGGAUCCCAAGAAAUCUCCAAAUGCCUCACCAUCCUAGAAACCAUGGCCCACCAAUGGGAAACCGCCAAACAAUGCCACAAAUCCCUCUCCCUUCUCUCCCGCUACAUCCACCACCACCACCAGAAUACCACAGAUUCCACCGCACGACGACCCUCAACCGACACACCACCCCUCACGCGCAAACGCAACUUGAAUGACGACUUGCAGCAAACAUCAGACCAUCCAGCACCCAGUGGUCGCCAUCGCAGACCUCCUCCUCCUCCUCCUUCUGGUGCAGCAGCAGCAGCAAGCACCAAUCCACCAUCAAACAACCACCUAUCUGCUCACGAUCCUAUCACGGCCACCAUCAAUCCAACCAACACCACGAAUAACAUCCAUAUUGAUAAUGACGAGGGAGAUGCCCGACAUCGACAUCCCACGACCACGCGCAACAGCAAUGUUCAGGCGGAAUUCUCGCUGGACGCUGGACUCGUGGGGGGCGACAAUCACGAUCGAUUCACGUGGGGCGACGAUGAUCACCCGGGUUCAACAAUGUCGGGGUUCGCGGCCAUGGACGGCGUGAGUGCGGACAUGAUGGAUCUGUUGCAGAGGAGUAACUUUGACGAUCUGGCGGAUAUGUUUGGACAGCAGUUCCCUACCUUCUAGAUUUAGGGAUGGCAUGCAUGCCCUGUAUAGUAAAUAUACUGUACACAUUGCUAGCUGCCGCCACGUGGGCAGCUAGUGAGAUUUCAUG